GCUGCUCAGACUGGCCUUUCACAGGUCUGCUGUGCAAGUCUGAGGGUUGAAUAGACUCUCAGCAGCAGCUCCUGCAUUUGCAUUUGAUGCAGACUUCUAGCAGACUUCAGCCCGGCGGACGCAGCACCGCGGAUGACUCUGAAUUUAACAAAACUUUACUGAUCGAAGGUUAAGGCAACCGGAGAAAAACGCAAACGAAUGAGUUUCACUUCGGCGUUUGAAGCUUGGUCUAGUUUAAAGACGUAGUUUGGGUGCAACGCGCGUUGGGUGUGUUUAAAAACUGCUGCGGCUUGAAGGAGUGAGUGCAGACGGAACUAGAUUUCCUGGCGGAGGAGCACUAAAUCUGACGCGCAACAGACUACCGGUGCACAGUUCACCGCUGAGCUCGAGCCAGACCGACUGAGUGCGCUAAAACUGGAGGGUUUAACUCCGGGAUGCAUCUGUGCGCCGUUUAAUAAACAACAACAGUUUUGUAUUUUAGCCAAAUAACGCGCUCGUCUGAGCUGUUUCGGACCCCGUUUCGAGGAGCACUUUUGGUUCCUGUGUUUUGUCCAAAACCCCGACGGGACUUUUCUCGACACUGGAAGGACUUAGACUGAACUCAAGAUGUCAAUUUUGCCUUUCACUCCCCCCAUUGUCAAAAGACUUCUGGGCUGGAAGAAGGGCGAGCAGAACGGCCAGGAGGAGAAAUGGUGUGAAAAGGCGGUGAAAAGUCUGGUGAAGAAGCUGAAGAAGACGGGACAACUGGACGAACUGGAGAAAGCCAUCACCACCCAGAAUAUCAACACAAAAUGCAUCACUAUACCGAGGUCUCUGGAUGGCCGCCUGCAGGUUUCCCACAGAAAAGGUCUGCCGCACGUCAUCUACUGCCGUCUAUGGCGCUGGCCCGACCUGCAAUCCCACCAUGAGCUGCGGGCGGUGGAGCUGUGCGAGUACGCCUUCCACACGAAGAAGGAUGAAGUGUGCGUCAACCCGUACCACUACCAGAGAGUAGAGACGCCAGUACUCCCACCAGUGCUGGUGCCCAGACACACAGAAAUACCCAGUGAGUUCCCACCUCUGGAUGACUACAGCCAUUCAAUCCCUGAAAACACCAACUUCCCUGCUGGCAUUGAGCCCCAGAGCAACUACAUACCAGAAACGCCGCCACCAGGCUACCUCAGUGAGGAUGGAGAGACCAGUGAUCACCAGAUGACUCACAGCAUGGACACAAGUUCCCCAAACCUGUCACCUAACCCUGUUUCACCCACACACAGCAACUUAGACCUUCAGCCAGUGACAUAUUGCGAGCCGGCCUUCUGGUGUUCUAUUUCCUACUACGAGUUGAACCAGAGAGUAGGCGAGACCUUCCACGCCUCGCAGCCCUCGCUUACGGUGGACGGCUUCACAGACCCCUCCAACUCAGAGCGUUUCUGCCUGGGGCUGUUGUCCAACGUCAACCGCAACGCAGCUGUGGAGUUAACACGCAGACAUAUUGGCCGUGGUGUGCGGCUGUAUUACAUCGGAGGAGAAGUGUUUGCUGAGUGUCUCAGCGACAGCGCCAUCUUUGUCCAGAGUCCCAACUGUAACCAGCGCUAUGGCUGGCACCCUGCCACAGUCUGCAAGAUCCCUCCAGGAUGUAACCUGAAGAUCUUCAACAACCAGGAGUUUGCUGCCCUGCUGGCCCAGUCUGUCAACCAGGGUUUUGAGGCUGUGUACCAACUUACCAGGAUGUGUACCAUCCGCAUGAGCUUCGUCAAGGGCUGGGGAGCCGAGUACAGGCGACAGACAGUGACCAGCACCCCCUGCUGGAUCGAACUGCACCUGAACGGCCCCCUGCAGUGGCUCGACAAGGUGCUCACACAAAUGGGCUCCCCCAGCAUCCGCUGCUCCAGCGUCUCUUAGGAAAAUCCUUCAUCCACCCACUUCCUGUACACGUCUGCUGUCAGUGACUAAAAACACACAGACUGCAUGCAGACAAGAACGGCUACACAAGUACGGAAAGAAGAUGAGCCCCCACCCCCCACCUCCCUCAUUCAGCCAAUCCUCAAUCUGUAACUUAGUCCUUCCUCCCCACCAGCUGUCAGUAGCACUUUUUAUAUACAUAUUGUUUGUGGCAAAAGGGGACAAGUGCAGUAAAGCAGUACCAUGUUAGUAUGAUCUUCACAUUUUGUCCAGAAUUAUUUUGAUGGCAAUUUUUUAAUAUUUGGCAUCUAAGUGCCAGAAAGGCUGUAGCAAUGGGAGGAGGUUUCUUCGUUCCUUGUUUUUCAUGAUUUUUACAUUUUUUUUGUACAGAUUUUAAAGUGGUUUUAAAAAAAAAUGAAUUACAUAUUUUUAAGGAUUAAUAACAAUUUUGUAAAGCAUGUGUAAGAUCAUGUUAAAUGCAUUUCACUUGACUUUGUUUCUGUAUUUGGGCAUUUGAUAGCUUAUGAAGACAUUUAUAAAUGUGACCCAGUGAUGAUAUAAAGGAAAUGUUCAACUACCAUUUGUAAACACUGUCUGAAGGAAUAUACUGUAAGCCUAGCAGGAAUAUUUGUGUAGGUUUUCAUACUGUAAUUUUAUGCAGCCUAUGUCACUCUGACAAGACAAAUAACAUGUUUAACUAGACCUUUGAGUUUCAGACAGAAACAAAUGAUAAAGCAAGAAAUCAGUGAAACUUUAGAUAAAACCUUUUCCCUCUCUGAUAACUGUAAACCAUACAUUGAUUUGAACACAGGCCCAGAUUACAAAGCAGUCUGAUGCUUCAGGAUACAGUCGAGCAGACAGGAGUCACAACUCUUUAAACCCAUAUACGAGUACUUAAAGAUAGUGGCAUUCAUCAGAUGUCAUGAGGAGGAUGAUGCACUUUUGUAAAAUAUUCCAGUAAAGCGAUGUUGGCAAAGUACAUUAAAUGGCAGUUGUAGUUCACAGCUGUAGUAGUUAUUGUCAGAGGGUUAUAUGAAAUAUAUCCUGCAUUAAUUUCAGGAAGCUUUGCCAAUUUGCAAAACACUUUUGCAGCAUUGUAUUGUGUAGUAGGUAGUAUAUAAUAGGAAUUUACACAGAACUUGAAAACAUCUUACAUACUGUAUUAUUAUGCAAACAUUUAGUUAAAUUAUAAACCGAACACACAAAAUGUAGUUGGAAUACUUGUGUGAUAUGAGUUCUCUGCAGAAGGCUGUGUAAAGAGAGCAGGAAGAUGCCUUUGCUUUUUUAAUUUUCUCUCUCAGCAGUCCAUAACAUUGGUCUUAUUUUUAGCCAUCAGUAAUAUUGACUUUUUGCACACUCAGGACCGUAAAACAACAGAUGAAUUAUGUACAGAAACCAGUGAACAGGACAGAUGCAUGACUCUCGAGACUUUAACGUCUAUUUUGCUACCAAUUAUUUUUGUAGGACAAUAUGGUGAUGACUUUGUCUUCUCUAGGUGUUUUUGCAUGACAUGACAGAAAAUACUGCUAGCAGGUCUGGGGAUACUAACCUUGUAUUUUUCAGUACAAAGCACAGCUUUUUACAAAGGGAAAUGUUUAGAUAGAUAGAGGCAUGUAAAUAACAGUAGCUUCUCAAAAUCUAAUGUCCCUAUUUGUUUUAGGUCUAUGUACAGGUAGUACAUACAUGUGUUAUAAUCUGACCAUUAACCUUUAUAAUGUUGAUGGUUUUGUAAACGGGAGAACAAAAAAAAAAGAAGCUAAAAAUAUGUUACGAAAGCUAUUGCUGAAAUAGGAAAGCAGAGUCUUAGGUUUGGUCCUGUUUCCUUUCAACCUCCCACUGUGGUGGAAGUGGAUCGAUUUCCUUCUGGUUUUAUAACACUAGACAAAGACACAGUGGGUAAACAUGGACGCCGUUUGGAUUCUUUUUACAGUGCUUAUUUACAAUAAUCCAGCUUUUGAUGAUAAUGCCAGCCCAGUGGUGCUACUAUUUAACAUUUUAGGGACUCAAGAGAACCACAAAGCCAUACAAUUUUACUUUUAAAGCUGGUAGAUUUUAAUCUCUGUUAAAUAAUGGUGACCUUUAAAUCUUUAAACUACAGAGUGGGAUUGUUUCAGAAACAGUAGCAUCUACAAAUCUGAGACAAGGCAGCUCUUUGUAGAGCUUCUAGUGUCCUUGAACGCAGCAGCCCUGAUCCUUAUGGGCUCUUUAACCCCAUGUCAAUGUAAUUACCCAGUAGGGAAUAUUUUGCAAGCAAAUUUGUCAUUUUAUACACUCUUCAAGUUAUAAUGCUUGUACUUUUCCCCCUUGUUUAAAUUGUUAACUGUAAUCGUUAUUAGUUGUGAUUCAUGUUUUUAUGUUCUCAAUUGGUCUUCUUAGAUGUCUUGUAUAAAAUUAUACCUUUUAUUUUUCUCUGCCUAUAAAAAGUUGAUGUGAUGCUUUAUAUUUUUGUUUAUUAUUGUUGGUCUAUGAAUAAAAUAUAUAUCUUGUGGUGA